AUGGAUCCCAACCGCCGUCGCAACCAGCAAGGCGGCGAAUCCGCCCGCCGCAACGAGCAGGCACCUCCCCCAGCCCGUCGUCAACAGCCCGCACCGGCCCCCAGCAGCGCCAACUCACGCGCUGCCCCCCAGCCCUCCUCCGGUGCCCCUCGCUCUUCCGGCGCUCCGUCUUCCUCAGGCGGUCCUCCCCGCCAACAAGCCGCCCAACAGGAACAAUACGACCCUGACGGCCCCGCCCCUCCCGAGCCGGAGCCCGAUGAGCGCGAUCUCUGGGAGGACGACCAGGACAACCAGCUAGCGGCGCACUGGGAAGAGCACUGGUCGCGUAUCGAGGAGAACCACGUCUACCCCGUGGUGAUCAGCAGCGAGUUCGCCGAGCCGCUCUUCCGCGUGCUCGGCGGGCCCCGACAGUUGACCACGCUGCCACGGAUCCCGCGCCUUGGCGAUGGCCUGGUGGGCCAGCAGCUGGAGGGCCUGCCGAUCCUGAUGGUCGACGGUGAGGAGCUGGAUGAAAUCAAGGACCGGUUCCGCGGGAAGAAGGCAACUGUUAGCAUCAACGGCGAGGCGCGAUCGGCGUUUAACCCCACGCGCAUGCGCAGGUCGGCCGCGGGCGGUGAGGGUGGUGGUAGUUCGAGUGCUGCCGCGCCUACUGAGCUGCCCGUCCGUGGCGGUCCACCACCGCAGGCGGCCCCGGCCCCGGCCCGGAGCCAGGGCGGUGGUGGUGGUGGUAACGGUGGCGGCGGUGGUGCUCCGGCCCCGCGCCGGGAAGAGCCCCGUGAGCGGAGGAGGGAGGAGCCGCGUGAGCGGAGACGGGAGCAGCAGUUGGAUGCCCGGGGGAACCCUAUUCGCUAA